CAACUUGUGUUUGUCAAAACAAUGGUUGUAAUUCUUCUGCUAGGCUUCAGAUCAAUUAAGAAAAUAGAUAUACAGUUUGUGUAAGUAACAUCAAGAGUGUGACUUCAACGGUAUCAGAUUGGCGGCGACUUUAAGGUCGUGUGCGAGUUGUGACGUGCAGCGUCUGUGUUAUUGGAAAAAGAAAUAUAAGAAUCCAUGAUGAACACAGAAGUGAAGGAGAAUGGAGAGAUUGAAAGAGAUAAGAGAUCAGAGGAUAUGGAACAAGACAAGAAGGAUGAUGGUGACCGUCAUCUUGAGGGUUCAAGGAGGCUGCAACCAUGGACACAGCAGAUUACGGUUCGUGGGGUUGUGGCAAGUGUUAUUAUCGGGAGCAUUUAUAGUAUUAUAGCCAUGAAACUGAAUCUUACGACUGGGAUGACGCCUAAUAUGAACGUAUCAGCUGCACUUCUUGCUUUUGUGUUCAUGAGGAGUUGGACGAAGAUGCUCCAAAAGUCUGGGGUUGCCUCUGCUCCAUUUACAAGGCAUGAAAAUACCAUGAUUCAGACAUGUUCAGUUGCCUGUUACAGCAUCGCCAUUGGAGGUGGAUAUGGGUCUUAUUUACUGGGAUUGAACAAGAAAACUUAUGAGUUGGCAGGAGGAGCAAAUUCUCCAGGGACAUACAAAGAACCUGGUGUUGGCUGGAUGAUGGGCUACUCAUUCUUGGUCUGCUUUAUCGGUCUUUUUGUACUGAUUCCACUCCGAAAGGUUUUGAUUGUUGACUAUAAGUUGGUAUUUCCAAGUGGGAUGGCAACCGCGGUUCUUAUUAACGGAUUCCAUAGUCAGGGAGACGAUAUGGCAAAGAAGCAAGUGAAGGGGUUUGCAAAGUACUUUUCAGCAAGUUUUUUGUGGGGAUUUUUUCAGUGGUUCUUUACAGGAAAGGAAGAAGAAUGUGGAUUUGUUCAGUUUCCUACCUUUGGAUUGAAAGCUUGGAAGAACACGUUUUACUUUGACUUUAGCAUGACUUAUGUGGGGACUGGGAUGAUUUGCCCUCACAUUGUGAACUUGUCAUUGCUGUUCGGAGCUGUGGUCUCGUGGGGGAUAAUGUGGCCCCUAAUCGAAAAGAACAAGGGAGACUGGUUCCCUACUGGUUUGCCUGAAAGCAGCAUGAAAAGUCUCAAUGGUUACAAGGCCUUUAUUUCUAUUGCUCUAAUCCUAGGUGAUGGGCUAUACAACUUCGUCAAGAUACUAUGUAUCACAUCUAUGAGCGUGCAUGGAAGAUUCAAGACCAAAAAUCUUAAUCCAGUAGCUAUCGAGAAGAAGGUUAACGAAGAGGAGCUAAAACAAAAUGAGGUUUUCAUCAGAGAAACUAUACCCAUGUCUAUUGGAGCAAUUGGAUAUAUUAUCUUUGCUAUUAUCGCUGUAAUCGCUAUACCUUACAUGUUUCCCGAGGUCAAAUGGUACUAUGUGAUUAUUGCCUACAUUUUUGCUCCUUCUUUGGCCUUCUGUAAUGCUUAUGGAGCUGGGCUGACUGACUUUAACAUGGCGUAUAAUUAUGGGAAAAUUGGGCUUUUCAUGAUGGCAGCAAUGGCUGGAAAAGAGCAAGGAGUGGUGGCCGGAAUGGCUGGUUGUGGGCUGGUGAAGUCAGUUGUCUCAGUUUCUUGCAUACUGAUGCAUGACCUGAAAACAGGCCAGCUCACUUUGACUUCUCCUAGAACUAUGCUUCUUAGUCAGGCCAUUGGCACUGCCAUAGGCUGCAUUGUGUCACCUUUGAGCUUCUUUCUCUUCUACAAGGCGUUUGAUAUCGGAAAUCCUGAUGGAGAAUACAAGGCACCUUACGCAAUAAUUUACAGAAACUUGGCGAUUCUUGGGGUCCAAGGGUUUUCCGCUUUGCCUAAGCAUUGUUUAGAAUUGUGUUACGGUUUCUUUGCCUUUGCUGUGGCAAUCAACAUGAUCAAAGAUAUAUUACCCAAAAAGAUAGGCAAGUGGAUGCCAUUGCCAAUAUGCAUGGCUGUUCCUUUUCUGGUUGGCGGCUAUUUUGCUAUUGAUAUGUGCAUAGGAAGUUUGGUUGUGUUCAUAUGGCAAAAGGUUAAUGCUAAGAAGGCUGAUUCUAUGGUUCCUGCGGUGGCUUCGGGUUUGAUCUGUGGUGAAGGUAUGUGGACACUACCCGCCUCGGUUCUUGCUUUGGCCAAAAUAAAUCCCCCAAUCUGUAUGAAGUUCUUAACCUCUUAAAUUACAACUAAAUUUUGUGAUUAGUUUUGGAAAGAUGCAAUAAUACAAUCAACCAUAGUUGCUGUGUCAA